AAAGAAUUUCUCAACAUUAAUAAAUCUAAAAUCAUUUAGGAUUAUAUAGCUUCCAAAUAACGCCGAGGAAAAAGGAAAAGAGUCAUAUUCGAAGAAAACAUAAUAUAUUCACCCUCUCUGCGUCUCCUUUCAGCAGUAAUCUCGUCUUGAUUCAGCCAUGGCUAAUGCGGCGUCGGGAAUGGCAGUCCAUGAUGACUGCAAGCUAAGGUUUCUGGAACUGAAGGCGAAGAGGACACACCGUUUCAUUGUUUACAAGAUCGAGGAGAAGCAGAAGCAAGUGGUUGUCGAGAAGGUUGGUGAACCUAUUCAAACCUACGAGGAGUUUGCUGCUAGCCUUCCUGCUGAAGAGUGCCGAUAUGCCAUUUAUGAUUUUGAUUUUGUCACUGCGGAGAAUUGCCAGAAGAGCAAGAUUUUCUUCAUUGCAUGGUGUCCUGACGUAGCAAAGGUGAGAAGCAAGAUGAUAUAUGCGAGCUCCAAGGACAGGUUCAAGCGUGAACUUGAUGGAAUUCAAGUGGAGCUUCAGGCAACCGAUCCAACUGAGAUGGAUCUUGAUGUUUUCAAAAGCCGUGUCAAUUAAAAAAACAAAUCUCUCUCUCUCUCUCUCUUUGAAUAAGCUUCUUUGGCUCUUACAGUUUCCUGCGACUGUUAUAAAAACAUAACGCCCUUUAUUCUAUCUAUCUGGUCUUGCUUUCUAUGUCUUUGUUACCCAACAGUGUUUCGUCUAUUUGAAAAUUAUCUCAAGUUUGUGCUGUGUGUUUGCAUCCUUUGUGUAAAGAUGAUUUCUUUGAGCGUC